AACACAACGCCCGGUAACAUGUGCUUAUUGAGAAAUAGUGUCAGUUCGGAGGCAAUUGAAGUGUUGCAGGCGACUUGGAUUUCGGCCAACUGGCGAUGCGUUAAAUAUAACGUAUUAUGUCAGAGCUUUGGAGGAUUACAUCGCGUUGUGUAUAUUUUCCAUAAAAUAGUGUCUUGCGAAAUAACUAUACUGUGGUAGAACGAUAUAGUGCUUUUUCUGUUUUUGAGAAAGCCGAUUUUAAGUCUGUGCCAAGGAUCGCUAUCAAGUCGCCUACACACAUAAGCGACUAUAUCCACAAAUCACAUCUAUAUUUAUAAAGUAUACAAGUCCUCGAAUAAAGUUGAAAACCAAAAAAAAAAAGGAAACUAGAUUAAAAUUAAUUAAAAUUAAAAGUAGACGUCAAGUUAAUAAUGUUAACAUUAAUUGUUUGCAGGAUAAGUUAAGCGAGCACAAUGCCUUUCAAACCAGUAGACAACCCGAAGUGUCCGAAAUGCGGCAAGUCCGUCUAUGCGGCGGAAGAACGUGUCGCAGGCGGACUCAAAUGGCACAAGAUGUGCUUCAAAUGCGGCCUGUGCCAGAAGUUGCUUGAUUCGACCAACUGCACGGAACACGAAGGCGAACUUUUCUGCAAAGUUUGUCACGCACGCAAAUUCGGACCUAAAGGAUACGGUUUCGGCGGUGGUGCAGGAUGUCUAUCCAUGGACACCGGCGACCACCUGAAGGGCGAAAAUGCGAAUUGAUCGCGAGCAGCCGUCCAGCAGAGCUAUCGGGUCGCCGACACACAUCUCGGCCAACCAGCGACGCUUCGCGAACGCCCACUGUACCUUAAAAUACUUUAGUUAGGAUUAUUUAUUCGCUAUCGCUUAAUUUAUUUUGUUUAUCGGUCUAAUAUUUAUAAUUUAUAUAAAAUAAAUAAAACAGUCGACCACCAAUACUGAGUUAGUUGCAUUGAUGAGUCUGAGUGCGACCGAGCCGGCGCGGGCUCGAGAUGCUGACGAGGGUACGCUCGCGCCGACUCGUGCGCUCUCUAGCUCUGACUAUCCCCUUCCCUAUCUGGGCGACCAUACGCAGCGAAGCAACGGGGCGUAAGGACCAAUGGAGCCUGUUUAGAACCUCGUGUUAUUGCGAAGGCCCCGCCCGGAGAGGGCUGCCCGCGCUGCGGCGGCUGCGUGUAUGCCGCCGAGCAAAUGUUAGCUCGCGGAAGGGCGUGGCACAAGGAGUGCUUCAAAUGCGGCGACUGCUUAAAACGGCUGGACUCCACAAACUGUUGCGAGGGUCCGGACAAAGAUAUUUACUGCAAAGUAUGUUAUGCAAAGAAGUUUGGUCCUAAGGGAUAUGGUUAUGGAAAAGGAGCCGGCGUUCUGCAGAGCGAUCCUUACGCUAAUGGGGACUACGCGCCUAAAACAACGGUAAUAGAUACUGCUAUAAUCAAAGCUCCACCGGGCAAAGGAUGCCCAAGAUGCGGUGGCGUCGUUUACGCAGCAGAACAGGUCUUGGCUAAGGGCCGUGAAUGGCAUCGUAAGUGCUUCAAGUGCCACGACUGCUCGAAGACACUUGACUCAAUUAUCGCCUGCGACGGUCCAGACUCUGAUGUGUACUGCAAGACCUGCUAUGGCAAGAAGUGGGGCCCCCACGGAUAUGGAUUUGCAUGCGGCUCUGGAUUCUUACAAACUGACGGCUUGACUGAGGACGAGAUCUCUGCAAACCGCCCAUACUACAACCCAGAUACGACCAGCAUUAAAGCGCCAAAGGGCCAAGGCUGCCCACGAUGCGGUGGCAUGGUGUUCGCUGCUGAGCAACAAUUGGCUAAGGGAACUAUGUGGCACAAGAAAUGUUUCAACUGUGCUGAGUGCCAUCGUCCACUGGACUCCAUGCUGGCUUGUGAUGGCCCUGACAAGGAGAUCCAUUGCCGUGCAUGUUAUGCUAAGCUGUUUGGACCAAGAGGUUUUGGUUAUGGUCAUGCCCCAACACUUGUAUCAACAGACACCGAUGUUACUAACAGAUACGCUGAACAGUUUCCAUUCACGGGUCAGAAAGCAGCUAAAGGCCAGGGCUGCCCACGCUGUGGCUUCCCAGUCUAUGCUGCUGAACAAAUGCACUCCAAAAAUGGCACAUGGCACAGGCGAUGUUUCUCAUGUGCAGAUUGCCACAAGUCUCUUGAUUCUACAAACCUGAAUGACGGUCCCAACGGAGAAAUUUACUGCCGUAGCUGCUAUGGCCGCAAUUAUGGACCUAAGGGAGUCGGGUUCGGUAUGGGCGCAGGCACAUUGACCAUGGCUUAAGAGAAUAUGAAGCUGGGCUUUAAUAGAAAACAAAAAUGCAAAUAAUUACCUAAAAGGAAUUUAAUCUGUUACAUAUUAUAUAACCUUGAUCAUACCAUAUAUUAAACUGGUUUUAAUUAUGGUUGAUUUUAAAUAAGACUAGGGGGAGGGACAAGUUGCGGCACGUAAGUCUAGCGCUGAACGAAACGAGGAGGGGAUAGCUGCGCAUGGGUACUGUCGCGCACAAUUGAAUUGCACGAAUGCGACUAGAGACCCAAUCAGCGCGUGCGAACUACGCACGCCCGCCCCAUAACCCGCUUACUACCCAAUGAUACCUUAUUUUCGACUUAUACGCAAUAACGGUCACCGCUACUUUCGUGCCGCUACUUAGAAUAGGGUUAUUGCAAGUUCAAAUAUUUUAUGAUAGAAUAGUAUAAAUUAAAGGUUACAUUCCCUUCACAAUAAGUGUAAGCUGCGAUGAAUGUGUCUGGGCCCUUAGUUUAUAAAUUCAUCAUAAAAUAUGUAGAAUAAGACGCAUAGACUUAAUAGAUAUGUUAUAGGUACGUAAGAAUUAAUAAAUUUAAAAAUAUAAGAAAAACAUGUUAAAUACAAAAAUUAUGGCAUUGUGAUUACCUACCUUCUUUAAUAUCGUAAUGUGAUAUAAGGUAGGAAUAAAAACUAUCCUGUAAACACGGAUAAAGAUUGCAUUUAAUUGCGAUCGUUUCGACCGACCAGAUCUUUUUUCAAGAUCUGAAGUGGAUAUACAUAUUUUUUUUAUACAUACACCAGAGAUUUUGUAUAUAAUUUUGUCAUUUCAUUUAUUUAAGCAGCAAUAAGCUGUGCUAGUUAACUCUUAAAAUGCUUUAAGGCUUUUGUUCUAAUAACAUGCUAAAUAAAAAAUAUAAUUUAUAAAGUUAAGUCAGCUUAUUGGAGAUCUUGUGACAGUAUUCAUCAUUACUUUUGU